CCGAGUCUCUCGGAAGCGGAAGCGGCGGCUCCUCCCCCCAGAGCCGAGCGGGGCCGCAGCAGGUUCUGGGAGUUGGUCCCCAGCAGCAUCCCCGCAUGGACACGGCUGUCCUGGUCCUCAGGGGCACGUAGGAUCUGCCUCGGCUGCAGCCCAGGGGUACCCGGGGCCAUGUCAUGGCCGCUGAGCCAGAGGAGCGACUUGGCCAAUGACAACAGCUGUCCGGGGCUGAGUUUGGCACUGCGGGUGCCCCACAGUGAGCUGCUGAACGGCACGCUGCCGUGCCAGGCCUCGCCCCCAGAGCACCACCCCUGCACCUGCCCUGCUCAGCACAGCGCCCUGAGGCCAGCACCCCCACCUGAGGAGGAGCCCGCCAAUGCCAAGUGGGUGAAGGACGGGCAGAACCAGCUGCGCCAGGCGGCCGAGCAGGACCAGAACCGCAAUGAGCUUGGCCCCCCCGCCACGGCGCUGCUCAGUGACCUGCCACGGGGGGGCCCGGAGGAGGAGGAGGAGGAGGAGGAUGGUGACUCCACCCCGGUACAGAGUGACCCCAUCACGGCUGAAUCGGAGCAGAGCUCGGAGCGCGGGCCCCGCGAGCACGGCAAGAGCGCCAGCCUGCUCUUCGGCCCGCGGGCCAGCGCCGCCAGCGACGAGGACUCCAGCUGGGCCACGCUGAGCCAGGGCAGCCCGGCCGGCAGCUCCCCCGAUGACACAGACGCUGCCUGGGCCCGCAACGCCUUCGAGACGGACUCGGACCUGCCUGCCGGAUGGGUGAGGGUGCAGGAUGCCUCAGGCACCUACUACUGGCACAUCCCCACGGGCACCACGCAGUGGGAGCCGCCCGCAGACCUGGGGCAGGGCGAGGGGGGCUGUGGCCCCGACCGUGACUCCCAGGGGAAUACGCCCACCGAGGAGCAGCAGCUGACCUGGACGGGCUUUGUGGAGGCCGAGCGCUUGGCGGAGGCUGAGGGCUGGAAGGACGUCCCGUCGGAGGAGGGGACCCCGGAGCUGGGGCAGCAGGACUUGGAGCAGCCCACCCUGCACCUGGCACUGCUGAGCCUCAGUGCGCCGAAAGCCAAGGAACAGACGCUGCAGCUGGGCUCGCCCCUGGGCUCCAAGAGCUUCCCGGUGCGGUCGCUGGGCUGGGUGGAGAUGAGCGAGGAGGAGCUGGCCCCAGGCAAGAGCAGCGCGGCCGUGAACUCCUGCAUCCGCCAGCUGGCCGGCCGCGGGGCCCCCCCGCUGGGGGGCUGGGACCAGGGCCGGGCCAUGCUGCUGCUCCUGGACCGCGAGACGCUGCGGCUGGUGGAGCCGGUGGAGCGGACGCUGCUGCACGCCCAGCCCGUGGCCAGCAUCCGCGUGUGGGGCGUCGGCCGGGACGAUGGCAGGGACUUUGCCUACGUGGCCCGGGACCCACUGACGCAGAUGCUGAAAUGCCACAUCUUCCGGUGCGAGACACCAGCCAAGCGCAUCGCCACCAGCCUGCAGGCCGUGUGCUCCCAGAUGCUGGAGCAGCGGCAGAGCAGCCGGGCACUUGUGAGCAGCCUGGCGCUGGAGCAGGCCGGGAUGGUGGAGAUUCCCUUCCAAGUGGAGUUCCCGGCUCCCAGGACCGAGCUGGUGCAGAGGUUCCAGGUGUCCUACCUGGGCAGCGCGCCCGUCGCCCGGCCUGUGGGCAUGGACGUGAUCAACGCAGCCCUGGACUCAGCCCUGGCGGCCCCCAGCCGGGACCACUGGACCCCCAGCCACGUCCACGUGGCCCCCGCCACGCUCAGCGUGACCCACGCGCAGACGGAGGCCGUGCUGUGCGAGUGCCGGGUGCGGUUUCUCUCCUUCAUGGGCGUGGGCCGGGACGUUCGCUCCUUCGCCUUCAUCACCGCCAGCGCCCCGGGCGCCUUCCGCUGCCACAUGCUCUGGUGCCAGCCCAACGCCGCCGGGCUCAGCGAGGCCCUGCAGGCCGCCUGCAUGGUGAGCGCCUGCCCCCGGGACCCUGACCCACAGGACCCUGCCCCUGACCCACGGGGUCCUGCCCCUGGGACCCUGCUGCCCAACCCCCAGGGCCCUGCCCCCCAUCACCAGCUUCUGACCCAUGGGGCCUUGCCUCCAUCCCUGCCCUCCAUCACUCUGCCCCCCGACCCCCGGGGCCAUGCUCCCCAUCCCUGCCCCUGCCCCACAGGCCCUGACCCACAGACCCUGCUCCCCAACCCCUGGGGCCCUGCCCCCAGGACCCUGCCCCCGACUCACGAGGUCCUGCCCCGUCACCGGCCUCUGACCCAUGGGGCCUUGCCCCGAUCCCUGCCCUCCAUCACUCUGCGUCCCCGACCCUGCCCCCCAACCCACUAGAUCCUGCCCCCUGGCCCUGACCAACAGGGCCCUGCCCCCAACCCACAGAGUCCUGCCCUCAGGGCCUGCCCCCCGUCACUGGCCUCUGACCCAUGAGGUCGUGCUCCCCAUCCCUGCCCCCAACCACAGGCCCAGCCCCCCCAUCCCAUGGGGCCGUGUCCCCCGACUCAUGGGGCACUGUACCUGGGCCCUGCCCUGCCCCACCCCGGGACCACGGCCUGCAGGGGGCAUCCCCCUCCCUCUGGGUGGUGGGGGAGGGCUGUGGGUGGGUGGGGGGUUUUGGGGGGGCUGUUCCCCACUCUCCCCAGCUGGUAACCCCGUUG